CCCAUAAUAUCUGCACUUAUUUAUCGCACUUGUAUUAUUUUUAAGUUGGACUUGUGUGUCCCGGAACUGUCCAGUAGAAAUCAACCAUCAGUAGCCAGCGAGAGGUUGAGGAAUCAUGUCAAGCACCAGAUUUGGACGACCCUACGGAUCGGUGGAUGCCAUCGUGAAUCAGCCGGGAAUUCUGGAAUCGCGCCCAGGAAGGAAUCCGCAGAACCCCAAUGCACCAUACGGACUGGACUACCUGACAAUUGUGGACCAGCUCUUGGUCAAGCAGAAAGUGGAACUAACCGAAGUCUUAACCGGCUUUGAGACCAGCAAUAAGUACACCAUCCUCAACGCAUCCGGCCAGAAGGUGUUCUACGCGGUGGAGGAUAGCGAUUGCUGCACCCGCAACUGCUGCGCCACCUCGCGGCCCUUCCACCUGAGGAUUCUGGACAACUCGCCUCGGGAGAUCAUCCACAUGCACCGUCCGCUGGCCUGCUCGGCCUGCUGCUUCCCCUGCUGCCUGCAGAGCAUUGAGGUCUAUGCGCCGCCCGGUAACGUCAUUGGCACCAUCGAGCAGGAGUGGUCCAUGGGGUGGCCCUCGUUCCGCAUACUCAAUCACUUGGGCGAAAAGGUCUACCGCAUCGAGGGUCCGCUCUGCACGCGUUCCCUGUGGGGCAACGUGGACUUCAAUGUAGUAUCCCUGACUGGCGCAAAGGUGGGCAGGAUCUCCAAGCAGUGGUCGGGUCUGGUGCGUGAGUUCUUCACGGACGCCGACUUCUUCGGCAUCAGCUUUCCCAGGGAGCUGGAUGUGCGCAUGAAGGCGGUCCUCCUCGGCGCCACAUUCCUGAUUGAUGCCAUGUUCUUUGAACAUUAAUUGAGAGCCGAUAAUCGGUUGAGUCAGCUGUCGUGGUCAGAUCUUAUCGCCUUUCCAAGGAACAAAUCAUGAAAAACCCCAUAACAUUCUUGAAACUCCAUUUGUCAUAAUGGGGAGAAAAUAAUCUCAGAUGUGGUCACCAUAGGUUUAUCUAAGCUUUUGUCCUCCCCUCUUUUCCACUUCACACUCAUGUUGUAUACCCCAAUAAAACUUCGGAUGGAAACUGAUGGCAUCCUGAAUGCUCCUGCUGCGAGCCGAAACGGGAGCUCAUCGCAGGGAAGCCAUAUAGCGGACUUGGAGCCAAAUGCCUUCAAGGGCUUAAGGGCAAAUUGAAUUCAAGUCGAUUCUCGUUGCCAGGUAGACUUAUAGGAAUGCUUAUGAUAGCGCUUUUGAUCGUUGCAGGCACUUGAUGACUGGCCAGAAGCCACAGCUACGAGGGCUACUACUCACGGGCUCAGACACGAAUGUAACAGGGCGCAUUGAACGAUGCUCUGCUAGACGCCAAUGAAGCCAUGCAGAGCCGUCCAGAGCAGCGCAUCCUGUGUUCUGGGCGUGCCAUGGCUUCUUGUGAUCGGAAGCAAACCCUUGAACACCCCCAGCCAUUUGAAGAUAUUAGUUAAUAGUUUUCUACGCUAUUUGUGGGUCGAUUGAAAUCAAAAACGACAACCAAAAACGCAACCAGGAAACAAAAUAUUGAAUCAGGAAAUAAUUUUGAAGCAAACCCUAAAUUUUAAUGUCUGUCUUAAAAGGUAGUUCCAAUUUUCGAGAGCCUUCUUUUGCAUACAGUGCUCGAGUGACUUCCAGUUUUGGAAUUUGUGAGACUUAUGGACUUCAUUGGCUUCGAACGACCUACUGCUGUAUCUCCUGGGCGGAUAGCAGCAUCCAGAGUUGCCUUCACAGUAAGUAAGGCGUCCCUGCGUAUACAGUGUCUCCAGAAACAGAGUUUUUAGAAAGAACACUUGCACAUUAGCUGCUCAUCUAAUAGCCUUCAGACCAGACAGAUAUUUGAUUUGUUUUAUUUAUUAAGAGAAGCUCGAUUUGGCUUUUAGACCCAUUGAUUUUUGGGCAAACCUUAGAAUUCGUCGUAGAUUACGAUUUUGUAAUCCAUAUAAAUCGAUCCACUCUAAUGUACAUAUAAGCAAAUGUCCGAAAAAUUAUUGCUUGGCCUACAAAGACUUUAAAAAUGUAUGGAGAGGAUCGUGGGGUUCGAAAACCGUGAAAAAGGGUACGUCUAUUUUUCUGAUGUCAGAAAAAUGAUAAGACUCUGCCUAUCGAAAGACAUGCCACGCCCCGAUCGUUAGCUGUAUAUAUUAAUUAUUGUAAAUAAAAUCGCUGGAGCGCUAGAACUCCGCCAUGCUCAUCCGACCUGAGCGGGCCACGCCUCGUCGCCGUCGGGACGGGAGAGGGGAGAAUGAGAAUGGAAUAGAGUCCACUUGCGGAUCAGUAACCUCUGGACGGCUGCUCUCUGUU